UCGCACCACUGCACUCCAGCCUGGGCGACAGAGCAAGACUCCGUCUCAAAAAAAAAAAAAAAAAUUAAAAGUUCAGUACCUAUAUUCAAGAUUAUGUGUACUGAACAUGUAUGUUCUUACCCACCCAUGACUUGAUGUCUUGUAGAACCUAUUUAAUUUUUAGAUAAUAUCGCCAAGAUUUUAAGCUGACAUGUGAUCAUUGAAUAAUCUAUCCCCAUCUUCUAGGGGGAGCAGAGAGGAGCCAAAGAUUGUAAGGAGCCUAACUUUGGUUCUGGCCCUACAUCGACUCAGAUUUGCCUCUGUUUUGGUUCACAGACCAUGGUUUUUCCAUGGUGGAUGGGAGAAGAGUGUUGAUUAAAAAAAAAUACCAGACAGAUCAGCCCCUUUGCAGCUGUAGACAAGGUAGAUUCAAUGGUUUGCUUCAACCUCACUGUAAGUUCCUUCACUCAUCCUCCCAUCUGAAUUCAACAAGUAUCAACCUUAAUGCCCCACUUUCUUCCUCAGUUAAAUAGUAGAGACUUUUAUUUCUCUGAUUCCUCCCUAACCAUUACUUUAGAAGAGUGACUCUUAAACUUUUAGAGGUCAUAAACCCCUAGAGGCCCUCUGCUUAGAAAAAUAUAAAACCAUACAAAUGUGAAGUAUUCUCAUAGGACCCAGGACACGAACAGCUCUCCAGAGAGCAAAGAGAGGCUUAGAUUGUAAGAAUAUUAUUGUAAGCCUCAGUUCAUUUUCCCUGUAUCCCCGCAUUUCCCUCUCCACACACAUUGCAAAAAUCCAUUUCUGACCUUUUCUCCCCCAACUGUGCCCCCUGCAAUGCUUGUGUCUAGAAACUGCAGCUUUCUCCAGUAUUGGGAGGAGGCUCCAGGAGCCUCAGCCUUCAGACCAUGACUGUGGCAGAGAUGAGAGCUGGGCUGGGUUGGGAGGGUGCCCUCCUCAGGAGCUGGACAUCCUUCCUGAGCUUUGGGAUUACUUUUGCCCCUUCCCUUAGAUGUUCUCAUGCCCAGUGACAAGCACAGCCCUUGGAAAGAUUAUCUUCUUUAGCCACUUGCCCCCUGCCCUAAAAGUUUAGCCUCUGUGGACACUAUGCUGUGUCUGCCAGAUGCCGCCCCACUCUGGCGCAUUUAUUCUCCACCCUUGGCCUUACAGACAACCCAGUGAGCAUGUUUUUAAAUCUCUAAUUUCCCUAGCCAGGAGCAGAUCUGUUUCUUCCUACAGGACAAGACCCAAGUAAUGAUGAGAAUCAUAGUUUGAUUAUCACUGGACACAACUUACUUCUGUAGUUCACAGAAUGCCUUGCCAUGUGCACGUCCACGAGGGAAGAAGGGACUGGGUUGAGGUCAGGCCCUUUGGUAUGUCAAGGUAAGGACUCGUCCUGUUUCCAGGUCAUGAGGAUUGAUGGCACCAUGGACAGCCCUCCGUGUCUCAAGGUGACCCAUAAGACAUUUGGCACACAGCAUAGCAAUGCUGACAUGAUCUACUGCCGCUUGAGCAUGCCUGUCGAGUGCCACUCUUCCUUCAGCCACAGCCCCUGUCUGGACAGUGAAGCUUUCCAGAAAAGGAAACAGAUGCAAGAAAUACUCUCUCAUACAACAACACAGUGCUACUAUGCCAUCCGCAUCUUUGCUGGACAGGAUCCAUCCUGCGUCUGGGUCGGAUGGGUGACUCCAGACUAUCACUUGUACAGUGAAAAGUUUGACCUGAAUAAAAACUGCACAGUGACUGUCACCCUAGGGGAUGAAAGAGGCCGGGUACACGAAAGUGUGAAACGCAGCAACUGCUACAUGGUCUGGGGCGGGGACAUAGUGGCCAGUUCCCAGAGAUCAAAUCGGAGCAACGUGGACCUGGAGAUCGGCUGUCUUGUGGAUCUGGCAAUGGGCAUGUUGUCCUUCUCAGCCAACGGAAAAGAACUGGGCACCUGCUACCAGGUGGAGCCCAACACCAAAGUGUUUCCAGCAGUCUUCCUGCAGCCUACAAGUACUUCCUUGUUUCAGUUCGAACUUGGAAAGCUGAAGAACGCAAUGCCCCUGUCAGCGGCCAUAUUCAAGAGUGAAGAGAAGAACCCAGUUCCACAGUGUCCACCUCGGCUGGACGUCCAAACCAUCCAGUCCGUGCUCUGGAGCUGCAUGCCCAACAGCUUCCUGAAGGUGGAGAGCGAGCGUGUGAGCGAGCGCCACGGCUGGGUGGUGCAGUGCCUGGAGCCCCUGCAGAUGAUGGCACUCCACAUCCCCGAGGAGAACAGGUGUGUGGAUAUCCUGGAGCUCUGUGAGCAGGAGGACCUGAUGCGGUUCCAUUACCACACGCUGAGGCUCUACAGCGCGGUGUGCGCCCUGGGAAACAGCCGUUUGGCCUAUGCCCUGUGCAGUCACGUGGACCUCUCCCGGCUCUUCUAUGCCAUUGACAACAAGUAUCUCCCUGGCCUCUUUCGAGCCGGCUUCUAUGACCUGCUCAUCAGCAUCCACCUGGCCAACGCCAAGGAGAGGAAGCUGAUGAUGAAGAAUGAGUACAUCAUCCCCAUUACCAGCACCACCAGGAAUAUCUGCCUCUUCCUGGACGAGUCCAAGAGGCAUGGACUGCCUGGGGUGGGCCUGAGAACAUGUCUCAAGCCCGGGUUCAGGUUCUCCACCCCUUGCUUUGUCGCAACUGGUGAGAAGCACCAAAAACAGAGCCCUGAGAUUCCCUUGGAGAGUCUCAGGACGAAGGCUCUGAGUAUGCUGACAGAGGCGGUGCAGUGCAGCAGGGCCCACAUCCGAGACCCCGUAGGGGGUCUGUGGAGUUCCAGUUUGUGCCUGUGCUGAAACUCAUUGGAACCCUGCUGGUCA